AUGACUUGUAAACACUUGGAUGGCCUAGAGGACAAAAUCCAAACACUGAAUAGAGAUAAAGAAAAUACGGUUGACGCUUUAAACAGUCUCAAAUGCAAAAAGUGUGGGGCUGGGGCUCCAGACGUCUGAAAUUGCCUUGACAAUUCUCCUUAUAACACAUGCCCUGCAAUGCUCUGCUCAGAACACUUAGAAAACCACGCCAAAAAUCGUAAUCAUACUCUUUAUUUUAAUAUCUUAGGAAUCUUAGGUUAUUAAGUAUUUAAGGUGUCUAGUGCACCCUCCCUAUAUCGGGGACUUGACCCAACUAGUGACGUCACGGGCCAUCCUGCCACUUAAAAUGGCGCACCAUAUGGGCAGGCAUUCCAACUUUGCCACCACCAGCCAAGGCCGCACUUCUCACCCGGCGCGAUGCCGUCGCCCUUGUCAGACUUAGCUCCUGCGCGUGUUCCGCCUGAGGGUCACCCUUCUCAGGUGUGCUAAGUGGAAAAAUCUUCGUCGCUUGAGUGCACUGAGGAGCAGUUCCUCUGGUUAUCCCCAAAGUUAAACUGCUAUUGCUGUGCAGAAGUUCUCGAGAUUGAAACCAAACCCCAUAAAUAAAAUUCCAUGAGGGAGAGAAAAUUAGCAAAGCUAAUUUCUCUCGAACCGAAUGCCAUUUUAUUUAUCUUUAUUUUAAUAUCAGCACCUUGACUACUUUUUGUUUCCAAUGCAAGCUGUCAGACGUGAAUUGUCUCGUAUCUUCACACGACGACUAUUUCAUAACGACUAUUUUUUUUUUGGCCUAUUUUUUUUCGGCCUAUUUUUUUUUGGCCUAUUUUUUUGGCCUUUUUUUUGACAAUUUUUUAACUAUUUUUUACUAAUAUUUGGGCAUAAUUCCAUACUAAUUGUUUUAAUAUAAUUUUUUAAUGUGUUUUAAACGAUUUAACCAACAAAAAAUGCACCCUUAACAGAUUUCGUACUCCAUGAAUACUAAUUCAUUGUUUUUAAAUUUCGAAAAUUUUAGAUUUAAUUUAGGAGUUUUUCACUUAAUUUACUCGAUAUUAAUCGCGUAAGAAAAAGUCUCUGUUUCUCAAUAAGGUUCUAGUCCUCUCAGCAGCUUCAUGAAUGAGGCUAGGUAAAAAAAAUAGGCUAAAAAAAAUAGGCCAAAAAAAAUAGGCCAAAAAAAAAUAGGCCAAAAUAAUAGGCCAAAAAAAAAUAGGCCAAAAAAAAAUAGGCCAAAAAAAAAAUAGGCCAAAAAAAAAUAGUCGUUAUGAAAUAGUCGUCAUGUGAAGGAACCGAAUUGUCUAUUUUCCUAUCGAAUGUUUGACAGCAUCGCUGAAUCAAUUGGCUAUCACGACCCCAAAAAACGAAAUAAAAGACUUACAGGGCUCAAAAAUCUAGGAAAUACUUGCUAUAUUAAUACAGCACUUCAAUGCAUUGCUCGUAUGUUGCCUAUCCAAACUUACCUUGGUGUGCCAAUGAAAAACGUGCAUUCUUGAGCUUAAAGAGUCUUAACAUUAUAAUAGUUUUUCUCUUCGUUAAGUAUUUUUAUCCAGGAUGUAUUAAGAAAUCAAUCGCAUUCUCGAAGUCAAGCAUCUAGGCCUAGGGCAGAUAUAAGCCAUAGAAAAGGUCAUUAGUGAAGAGAUAAAAUAUUAAUAACAGUUAAGAAAAUUUUAAGAUUAAGUAAUCAUACUAUUUGGCAAGGUCAUCUUAAAAAUUGGUAUUUACCGCUUAUCUAAAACCUUAUACCUUACUCCCCCCCCCCCCUCCGUGAGCGAACAAAAAAAUUUUGUUCGCUCACGGAGGGGGGUUAAUUUUUUUUUUUAAAAAAAAUUUUAUAUAUAAAUUUUAUCAAAAAUAUUUUUUUCGAAAUUUAAAAAAUCCUAAUUUGCAAAAAUUGGGAAGCAAAUAUUAAUUUAAUUUGCAAAAUUUAUGUUUUUAAAACGCAAUUUGUUUAAAAUUAAACAGAAUUAGCUCUAGAUUUCAUUAUACUAAUUAUCACUUAUAUAUCCAAAUUUUUUUCCAUUAAAAUUUUUUCUAUUAAAAAUAUUUUUGUUCACUCACGGAGGGUGGGUUUUUGGUCAAAAAAUGGCGAUUUUUCUAAUGGUUUUGUUCGCUCACGGAGGGGGGGGGGGGGGAGUUAGAAACGAUCCUUUUUUGAAAUAUAAUCUCAACAAGUCAGAAGAAUAUACCUUAAUUUAUCAAUUUCGAGAGAUCAUUAAAAAAUUUUGAAGAGGCCACAUCUUAAUUUCUCCUGAUAGAUUCGUGAACCAAAUUUAUUGCCUCUCCCCUGAUUAUAAGCCGAAAACUCAGCAAGAUGCCCAAGAAUUUAUAAGGCUGUUUCUUGACGACAUGGACAGCUAUCUCCAAAGGAAAACUGGGAAGAGGUCAAUAAUAUCAGAAUCCUUAAAAGGCACUUUAAGAUGCGAGAUAAAAUGCCAUAAUUGUACAACAGUCCAUGUUAAAGAAGAAGAAUUUGGAGAAAUAUCACUUGCGGUGCCAGAAACAGAAGAAGUUUCUGAAUUAGCUGAAAAAUCAGAAUCUUUAUUAGAGAAUGAGGAUAAAACUUGAAUUACAAAGCAAAAUAAUUCAAUUUUUAACAAAAUCAAAACGUAAAAUUAAUUUAGCAUCCUAUCAUUAAGACCUGAGACCAUUGCAAAUCUGUAUGACUGCCUUAUCUCUUUUUUCCAACCUCAAGAAUUAAAUACAGAAGGAAAUUUAUUUUAUUGUUCUGCCUGUGAUUCCAAAGUGUUGAGCACUCAGCAAUAUAAAAUCAAAGCUUUUCCAGAUAUUUUGAUUAUUAAUCUAAAGCGAUUUAAAUACUCAUACUGAGGAUCAAAAAUUUCCACUCAUGUGAAUACCCCAUUGGUUUUAAACCUUGGCCAAUUCUCUGAUUGUGAUAAUCCAACUUAUUAUUUAUCAUCCAUUAUUCAGCACAGUGGCUUAAUUUUUAAAGGCCAUUACACUGCCUUUUGUAAAGAUUUUGAAUUUGAUAGAUGACUAGAAUAUAAUGAUAAAAAAGUCCAAGAAUGCAGUGAAGACAAAGUAAGGAAUGCUCAAGCCUAUGUAGCAAUCUAUACAAAAUUCCCAGUUAAGAGAAAAAAAAUCAUUCCGAAGGAAAGGCCUGAUUUUUUUUUACCAAAAGAAUGGGUUUAUAGAUAUUACUCACUGUCCAGCCCAGGCCCAAUAUAUUUUAGUAAAUUUUACUGCAACCAUUUAUUCUUGAGUAUCAAUACUCAUGAAUAUGACUUUUUGGGCAUCAGUAAUGAGCAAUGAGAAGAGCUGAAAUUAGAAUGAAAAUAUGGGUGCAGGCCCAAUGAUAGUGCAUUUUUGAUAGUGUGCAUUUCACUGAAGUACUUUUGGUCGAAAAUUGGUUGAAACUUUUUGAUAGUGAGCAUUUUACCAAAAAAAAGUUAAAUAUUGGCCAAAUGUAUUUCGAUGAAAUGUACACUGCCAAAAAUUCACUGUCAUUUGACAUGGAGCCUGAAAAUAUAUAGGCGAACCGCUAAGGUUUAAAAGCCCCUGCAAUCAAUGUUUAGAAAAUAAAGAAAAAUUCGCAGCAAGAAUUAAUUUUGAAAAAAAUUUAUUGGAAAGGAUAAAACAUGUUUCAAAAGAAUACCCAAGAUUCUUCAUAGCAAAGACGUGGAUGAAGAAAUGGGAAUCAUUUUUAGCUUCUGAUUGCAAUUUAAAUGAAUACCCUAAGGCACCUGGGCAUAUAAAUAAUCAAGUACUUGCUAACAGCGAUGGAGAUAUUAGAGAAGGGCUGAUUUCUGAAGUGGAUUAUAUUGAUAUUAAUGAAGAAUUGUGGAAAAUUAUUAACUCACUCCUUUCGUGAGUGAAUAAAAAAAUUUUGUCAGCUCACAAGAGGGUUAAUUAUAUUUUAGCAAAAAUGAUAUAUAAAUUUUAUAGUGAAAAAUUUUUUUUCAAAGUUUAAAAAAAAUUAAAUUUAAAGCAAAUAUUAAUUUAAUAUGCAAAAUUUAUGUUUAAAAGCAAGCUGUUUAAAAUAAACAGAAUUAGCUAGAGAUUUCAUUAUACCAAUUAUCACCUAUAUAUCAUAUAUUUUUUCGUAAAAAAUGUUAUAUUAAAAAAUUUUUUUGUUCACUCGCGUGGGUUUUUGGACAAAAUUCCAAUGGCUUUGCUGGCUCACAGAGUUGGGAGUAAGCAAAUUUAUGGAUGCGAUAUUGAAAUUAUUAAGGCCAGCAACGAUAUCUAUUCAGAAAAUGUUGCAGAUUUUCACUUAUCAGAAUUAGAUGAAGAAAUUGAAGAAGCCAUACAUAAAUUUACAAGUUAA